UAACCCUGUGCGUCUGUCGCUCUCUCCCAAGCAUGAAACUGCGUGUGCGGAUGAACAAGCAGACCAACCGGGUGGAGCUGGAGGGAGAGGAGCCCACUCUGACAGAGCUCAACGUUCAAAUCAGAGAGAUCCUUCUGCCUUCACACGGACUCAGCCCAGACACAGAGUUCACCUUGUCCCUGAAUGGUUCAGAUCUUCUAUCUGACUCUGGUCAGACUUUGUCCUCCUGUGGCAUCGUCUCUGGGGACCUGGUCUGUGUCAUCCUACCUCCAUUGGUGGCUGUGCCCUCCGCCGCCUCUGCCCCCUCCGCUGCCCCUGCUCCCUCAGCCCGCCAGGCCCCCUCAGCCUCCCCUGCCCCCUCAGCCCGCCAGGCCCCCAGCGGUAGCAGCAGUAGUUCUGGGGUGUACCAAGCUGUACCCCCACCAGCCCAAUGCUCCAGUGAGGCCAGCACCGUCAGGGGGGUGGAGCCUCAACAGGAAGUGGUCAGAGGGGAGGAGCAGGAAGAAGAGGCAGGUCGGUGGGUGUGGGAGCCCAUGCUGUGUGGGGAGGCAGAAGGGGGGAAGGUACCCCAUUCCCUGGAAGUUCUACACCACCAGGCUCAGAGCAGCAGUACCUGUGAUGCCCUGAUGGUGGCAGUACACCUCCUGAUGCUAGAGACAGGCUUCCUGUGCCAGGGCCCUGAGGUGUGUCCUGGUGAGAUGCCAGCAGGAUGGAGGGCACCAGGAGGCCUGUACAGACUGCAGUAUGCCCAUCCUCUCUGUGAUGGCAGCCUGGCCAUAGUCCUAGCUGUACCAAUGGGACCCAUUCUGGUCAUCAACGCCACCCUGAAGAUGAACCAGCAGGUGGACACAGUGAGAAAACUGUCGCUGAAGCCCUCCACCUAUGUGACCGACCAGUGGACAGGUGACAGUGCAGCGGCCGUCUACACAGAGCUGAGGAAGCUGUCCCGGAUCUUCAAAGACCAGAUGGUGUAUCCUCUGAUAGCUGCAGCCAGAGAAGCCAUGGCCCUGCCAGCAAUGUUUGGCCUGCCAGUCCUUCCUCCGGAGCUGUUACUGAGGGUGCUGAGACUGCUGGACGUCUCCUCUCUCCUGGCCCUCUCCUCAGUCAACAGACACCUCCACCAGGCCACCACAGACCCUGCCCUCUGGAGACACCUCUACCACAGAGACUUCAGGGACUGCCAAGACCACAGCAGAGCCAGAGACACUCAAUGGAGAGAGCUCUACAAGAGGAAGUACAAGUGGAAAAGAGAAGCAGCUAGUUAUCCCCGCCCCUGCCCCGUUACCACCCUGUCCCCCCACCCCUCUACCCCCUCCACCCCCUCCCCAACAGCCCCUUCCCCCUCUACCCCCCUGGCAUCAUUGGUGGGGAGUACGACCAGAGACCUGGCUUCCCCGGUGGCAUUCUGCCCCGCCCCCGCUACGACCCCAUUGGUCCGCUCCCAGGUCACGACCCCACAGCAGGAGGGCUGAUUGGACGAAGGGGGCUGAGGCCUGCUGGGAACCGGCCGGCUGACAUCAGAAGAGGGUUCAUAUGAACCCCUGACCCCUAGUGGUGGUGUAGGAGAAUGACCACCACACAGAGGAGCCAUAAUAAAACAGAGGUGUGGAAGACUGAUUGAUUGAUUGAUUGAUUGAUUGAUUGAUUGAUUAGCCUACCUAUAUUUAAAUAACAAGGCACAAGAGUCCGUUCUAUAGUCACAUAUACAUUGCGUUGUUCGGCCCGAUGCGCAACGGGUCAAGAAACACUAACCCGCAUCCAGCCUGCUUAUUGGCCCCCAAAACCUCAUCCAGGUGUUUUUAUAAAACCUAUCCCUGACCCAGAAUCAGCUUUAAAAACUCAUGUUCUCCUGUGUGUGUUAGUGAGUGAUGAGAUCAUACUGAUCUGCUAUCUUCAUUUGAUCACGCUGUUGUUGCAGAGAAUUUUGCUGCACAGCAGGAAAUGCAAACUUGUAGUGUAUUAAAUAAAAAAAAAAGCCUUCUAAUGUUUUCCUGUGAGAAACUGGUCAAAUUAAGAUAGCAGAUCUGUAUGAGGAGUUUCUGUCUUCCACAUUUUUGUAAAGCACUUGUUUCCCGCAGACUAAAGCUUUCAAUUAAAAUGAGAAAUGGCAAUCGA